AUGAAGCUGUUUCAAAAUACGCAAGAGUUCUCUUAUCCAUGGGAGCAGGUCACAGCAGCAAAUUGGCGCAAGUAUCCGAAUGAAGUGUCUACCCAUGUUGUUGCUGUAGACGUGCUGAGAAGAGAAUUGGAUCCCAGUGGAACUAAGCUUACGAGCGAACGUCUUAUAACUUGCAAGCAGUCGAUUCCUAAAUGGCUUACUAUGAUGAUUGGCACUUCGAAUGUCAGCUAUGUGCGAGAGGUUUCGGUGGUGGAUUUGAAUACCAAGACUCUAACACUGAGAAGUUGCAAUUUGACGUGUAUGCGGUUGCUCAAAGUCUGUGAGACUGUCAAAUACAUGCCGCAUCAUUCAGACUUGGGAAAAACGCUUUUCCAGCAGGAGGCUCAGAUAACCGCAUACGCUACGAUUGCCACGCUAUGCAACAAGAUCGAAGAAUGGUCUGUCAAGAGAUUUGGCGAAAACGCUUCGAAGGGACGCCAGGGUUUCGAGUCAGUCCUGAAAAUCCUAAGCGAAAAUUGGGAUCAGCGUGAUAAAAUUGUAAAUGAGCUUACACUGAAAGUGGUUGAUACCGUGGACGAGAUUCGCAGUACCACCGAUACGCUAUUUAAGGAAACGGAACUAAAGUCGACGUCUCUAAUUUCACGCCACAUUAAAGAAAUUCAACGCGCUUUCAAACUGAAUAAUUGA